CUACUUUAGUACCUGAGAAGUUGAGCUAACCAAAACUUCAUCUCUUCUUAUGGUGAAUUUUAGAGUAUAAAAUCUCAUACGAAGAUCAAAUCACCAUUUUUCCUCAUCAAUCAUCUCAAAAAUGGCUAAACUGAUCACAAGUCUCGCACUACAUUUUCUAAUCUUUUUAGCUAUUGCCUCAACAUCAAUCAAAGCUCAGUGUGACUAUGAAAUGAUAGUGAACACUGGCAUUACCAGAGGGCCAUCAGAUUACAAACUCGGCGUAAUAAUUGAGGCGAUUGGCGGCGAAGGCACCAUCAACACCACUAACUUGAUUAAGAACUGGGGCGCUAUGGGUCGAGGGUACACGUACUUUCUACCCAAUUCGUCAGAUAAAUUCAGAACCAAGUUGCCUUGUAUGCCGAAUAAUUUCUGUUGGAUUGCGAUCAAAGGGAAGAAAGGGGAAUUAAAUCCGCACUGGUAUAUAAACAACAUCACAGUUAGUACAAAAGGUCCCGGUGUUAUCAAUCGUAUGAAAACAUUUCGAUUUCUUGAAGAGAUUGUAACCGUUUAUCCUGAUGCUAGUCAUGGAGAAUGCCCAUAAGCAUCUGUCAUAUCUGAUAGAAAUUGGUUCUACAUACAAUAAAAACCAUUCUUCAUAUGUUCCCCAGUUUCUGUGCGGUUUCAUGAAUUACAUAAUGAAUAUUUCAAGUUCAAUGAAUUUAUAAAUAAAGAAUUGCAACUGCUUUAUA